AUGCCCCCAGCGGCAGUUAUGGGGGUUCCGCCGAAGCAGCUGGCGUUCUCGCUUGCGGCAGGCUUCACUGCUGGCCUCUUCCCCCUCUGUGGUCUCACAGCAGUGCUGUGCACGGCAGUAGCAUUCCUACUCAAAGCGUGUGGCGUGCCCGCCCAUGCGCCAUCCAUGAUGGCUGCGACCUUCCUUGCCACACCCUUUGAACUCAGCCUCAUCAUCCCGUACAUGCGGCUGGGCGAGUUUAUAUUCCAAGCGGACCGACUCUCUGUGUCGCCAUCGGCGCUGGUCGGCGCACUCACAGGAAAAUCCUCCUCUCGCUUGCUCAUGGGGCUUGUGCAUGCGGUGGUUGCAUGGCUCAUCACAUCCCCCUUUCUCACGUGGAUACUGUACCGCGUGCUGCUCCCACUCACCACGCGCAUCAAGAGGCGAACGGGGGGUGUUGGAAUAGGGAGCUCGUGGGAAGGCAGCGAGGGAGGAUCGAUCAGUAUUGACUCGGGAAGGGGGUACACCGAAGCAAGUGCGUCUGGGCGAAGAGAAUCGGGAGUGAUGAUGAGAAGGGCCUGA